AUGGCUUCCUCCACCAAUUCAAAUAACCCGCCGAAAUCACCGCGAAAAUUCGCGAAACGCAGCUCCGAGGCCGACGGCGAGAUUGAGGACAUUUUAAAGUUGCUGUGCUCGGAUUUGAAAAAUUCGGAUCAAAGGGUCCCCAGCCAGUUUCAUUUCGCCAAAACCGCCGCGGCCGUGCAGGUCAGCCAAGCUGAAGAAGCCAAAUCCGUGCAAAAUGUGCCGGACUCGCCGAGCAAGCGGACCCCGAAGAAGAUGCCUAAAAUUUUUCCAUCGAGGCGCACCCCCUCCAAGUCGCCGGCCCGGCAGCCUGGCGCCAAGAAA